AUGGGGUGCAUACACUUGCUUGCGGCUUUUUCAGCUUUGCUCUCGGUCGCCGAGGCCGCUGUCAACCUGUACCCGGCCGAGUCUGAUUUCCCAGCAGGCGUCAACUCGACGACUGCAUGCGGCAAGGCGUUGAAUGCGUCGGUGGAUUGCUUGCGAUGUGGCUCUGGGAAAGGCGCAGCUGGAGCCUUGCUGCCCGUUGAAAAGCUGAACACAGUAUGCGUUCCGGCGUGCUAUACCUCGGUCAGUGCUCUCGAAUCUCAACCCUCAGGGAUCUUAUUCCUCUUCAUCCCCAGCUCAAAUCGUACCGUGCUUCGGUCGCCACGGCGUGCGGCACCUCGGUCGUCAUCCAGGGAUCAGACGCAACGUUCCCAAUUACAUACCUGGCCGACAACCUUUUAUACACCUACAACACCACAUGCAUCAAAGACACGCAAGUCCCCCCCCAUCCUAUUCUCUAGACUAACCACACAGCAUAACACCAGAACGACCGGCGUAUGGUGCAACACAGUCUUCAACAGCUCAUGGCCAGGCACAACAACCGAAACCCCGAUCGAAACGCUCGACCCGUCCGUUCUCUGCUCAUCGUGCAACAUCCAAAGUCUCGUCCAGACCGGACAAUCCGUAUUCGGGUACGACCCGACCUUCGCGUCCACCGUCUGGCCCACGAUCCAGUCCAAAUGCAAGAUCACAACCCCGAUCAACGAUCCGGGUCACGCGUAUAUCAACUUGACAACCCCGGAUCCCGGCCCGUUGACUUGCCAAUCCGGGAAAACAUACACCAUCAAAUCGGGCGACACUUGUCAGGCGAUCGCCGAGUCCCAGAAUGUGGGCACCAACGAUCUGGUUUCGAUCAAUAGUAUCUUGCCUGGGUGUACGAGUAUCCAGGUCGGGCAGGUGCUCUGUCUUCCGUCGGCUUGUCAGACUUAUAAAGUCAAGUCGGGUGAUACCUGCCAGUCGAUUAUUGCUGCUCAGGGUGCAGAGGUCACUUUGGCUCAGUUAUUGAAUUGGAAUCCCAGCCUGGACCCGUAUUGUAGUAACUUGGUCGCCGGCGUCAACAUAUGCGUGCGCACGCCCGGGGGUGCAUACUCGCCCGUCUCGUCAGCCGCAAGCGGGAUCCCGACCGGGACACUCAUCACCACCGCCACGCCUGCGCCGACCGGUACUGCCCCCGGCGCCCCGACCAACUGCGGUCGCUGCCAGGGAAUCACCUUGUCCGAUUUCAAGGCUGCGAAUCCGCAGAUUAAUGCGGGGUGUACCAACCUGUGGGCGGCUACGGCGUAUUGCGUGUACGUGGUGAACAAGGGCACUCCUCCGUCUUCGUAUGCAAUUGCCCCGAGCAACAUCGCCAAUGGUACAACCAAGAACUGUUACCAGUACUACACUGCCGUUUCUGGAGACACCUGUACCGCAAUCUCGUAUUCCCAAGUCGCCAAUCUCACGGACCUCUAUCGAUGGAACGCGGGGCUCAAUUCGCAGUGCACGAACCUGGCCGUUGGUUCCGCAUACUGCGUCUGGGGCGAUCCUGUAGGCACGCCAACCACUACCACUUCGACCGGUACCCCCCCUCCACGGGCAACUAUGCCCCCUCUCACCCCAGGCCCGGACGACUCGGAAUACACGACGGCGACGAGCGCUGUACCUUCGACUACCUCCUCACAGCCCACGUCGACAGGUGUACCCCGUCCGACAAACGCUGCGCCCAAUUCGACGAGCAGCUGUCGCAAGUGGUAUACUGUCCAGAGUGGAGAUUACUGCUAUUUGAUAUGCCAGAACCAAGGAUGCACGGUUCCUGAUUUGCAAAAGUGGAAUCCGGAUCUUGGUACCGACUGCGUCGCUCAAUUGGGAGUAGCCUAUUGCGUAUCUGCCUGA